ACUACAACUCCCAGAAUUCAGCGCGAAGCGGAGCGUGACCUACGUGUGUCGACGCCGUGGUGUAGUCGGACCAUGGCGUUGUACGGCUAUGUGUACACCGCUGUAUGUGUGACAGGUUAGCAUCAGAAAAAAACACCUCCGGACAGACGCGUCUGCGCACUGUUAUCUGCUGACAGCGGCGGCAGGCUGAGGAAUAAAGAUGGGGUCCAGAAUCAAAGAGAGCCCUGAGUCCACUUUUGAGGUCUAUAUGGAGGUGGACCAUCCAGGCACACAAAGCUCUGGGCCGGAGGUGAGGAGGCAGUUCCCUGAAGACUACACAGAGCAGGAAACUCUACUGACUGUGCCCAAGUUCUGCUUCCCCUUCAGCAUGGACAGCCUCACGGUCAACCAGGUUGGCCAGAACUUCACAUUCGUGUUGACUGACAUUGAGAGCAAACAGCGAUUUGGCUUCUGUCGCCUCUCCUCAGGUGCACACACCUGCUACUGCAUUCUAAGCUACUUGCCCUGGUUUGAAGUCUUCUACAAACUGCUUAAUAUCCUGGCAGAUUACACCAUCAAAGGCCAGGAAAGCCAAUGGCAAGAGCUCCUGGUGUCACUACAUACGCUCCCCAUCCCCGAGCCUGGAGUUCCUGUUCAUCUGGGUGUGCAUUCCUUCUUCACUGUGCCUGACAUGAGGGAACUCCCCAGCAUACCUGAGAAUAGAAACCUAACAGAGUACUUUGUAGCAGUAGAUGUCAAUAACAUGCUUCACCUGUACGCUAGUAUGCUUUAUGAGCGCCGAAUCCUCAUCUGCUGUAGCAAACUAAGCACUUUAACAGCAUGUGUCCAUGGGUCUGCAGCCAUGUUGUAUCCAAUGCACUGGCAACAUGUUUACAUUCCUGUCCUGCCUCAGCAUCUAUUAGACUACUGCUGUGCUCCAAUGCCCUACCUCAUCGGAGUACAUUCCAGCCUGAUGGAGAAAGUUCGAGGGAUGGCUCUUGAUGAUGUGGUGGUCCUCAACGUGGACACUAACACCUUGGAAACCCCCUACGAAGACCUCCAGAGCCUGCCCAAUGAUGUGGUUUCAUCUCUAAAAAGCCGUUUAAAGAAGGUUUCGACAACAACGGGAGACGGCGUGGCUCGAGCCUUCCUCAAGAGUCAGGCCGCUCUGUUCGGCAGCUACAGGAACGCUCUGCAGAUUGAGUCGGGCGAACCAAUAACAUUUAAUGAGGAAACUUUUGUGAACCAUCGAUCCAGUGCCAUGAGACAGUUCCUCCAGAAUGCUAUUCAACUGCAGCUCUUCAAACAGUUCAUUGACGGUCGUUUGGACUUGUUGAACGCAGGAGAAGGUUUCAGUGACAUCUUUGAGGAAGAGAUCAACAUGGGUGAAUAUGCAGGCAGUGACAGGAACUACCACCAGUGGCUGUUCACUGUGAAGAAAGGGGGCGGGGCCAUCUUCAACACAGUGAGGACCAAGGCAAACCCAGCCAUGAAGACCGUUUACAAGUUUGCUAAGGACCAUGCAAAAAUGGGCAUCAAGGAAGUCAAGAGCCGGCUAAAGCAGAAGGAACAGGCAGAGAAUGGCUUCUCCACAGCAGGGUCGGCAGUCAUCGACGACGACACCACAGCAGGGUUUACCUCCACCAGUACGGUCAGGCGGGAGGGACCACUGCGAACCUGGGACGACCACAGACCAAUCACUGUGCACUUUGGACAGGCUCGGCCACCGAUGCUGUUAAAGAGACCGAGCAGCAAUGUGAGUCUGGAAAGCAGCGUUGACCACUCUAUCCGUCCUACUCGUCACUACACAGUCUUUCUCUCUGAGGAUUCGUCCGGUGACGAGCUCCAGUAUGACGAGGACUCCAUCUCUGGGUUUCCUGACAGCUUUCUCUUCUCCGUCCCUUUUGAGUGGUCACCUCUGCCACAGCCAUAUCGCUCCCUGAAGGAGGCUGAGCUAAUGGAAGGGGACGAUCCUGGUUUCGGGGCAGAAAGUCACACUGCCCCUCCCAGCCCAGUUACUGAGAAGUUCUCCAAUGUCAACCUGCUGGGUGAUAUCUUUGGCUGCCAGGAUGAGCCUGACAACCAACCAAUUACCCUGGCUAAAAGUCUCGAGGACCUGAGAACUCCCAAAGACUCUGAGGAGCUACAAGCCAAGUUCACCUACCAGCGGAUGGACCUGAGUGUCAGUGAACACUCACGAACGCUUCCAGGCCUCAAGCUCUCCAACCCCUACAACAAGCUGUGGAGUAUAGGGCAGGAUGAAGCAACCUUGCCUGUAUGUGUGCCUCCUACCAGUGAUAGACCUCCAUCUGUCCAACUUCCUGUGCUGACCGAAGCCCACUCCCCUAGCCGUGAGAUCUUGGGCCUAGGUCUUGACCGUUCAGACCCCUCUACAUCUGGCAACAUCACCAUUCCACGUCCCCACGGAAGGAAGACGCCUGAGCUUGGUACUGUCCUUGCACCCCCCCAGGCCCAGUCACGGUCUAAACCAGCAAGAGCUGGUGAAGGAAGGACUACGUCAGGGGGGCAAGAGUUUAGACAAGCCCUGAGCAUGACCACAGAUGGAGACCUGCUGAAGCCCUCCAAGGUUACAGAAGACAAUAUAGAUCUGAUAAGCCUUCUAGACCCCCUUAAUACAUCAGCACAGACCAGUUCCACUUCAGUGAGUGAUGGGGGAGAAAUCGGUGUGUCGUCAUCUUCAUGCAAACCAACCCUUCCACCCAGGCCUUACCCACAGGGCUUGCCUCCUUUCCCCCUACAUGCUCACAUAUCAGUCAACCCUUUUGCCCAGUCUCUCCAGCACACCUCUCCUCAAAUGCAUUACUCGCCGACUGUAAGUGGUAAUCCCUUCAGUGCAGUCUACAGGCCUCCAGCAGGCACUUAUUUACACACUCCACCCCAGCCACAGUCUUUUGCCACACUGCCGGGGCUCUACAGACAGCAUUCGCCAGGCAGUUCAACCCUGCCACCCAACUACGGACUGCUCCAGUCAGCCUUCCCCUCCUCAGUUACAUCCCUGUCCCACUCCUCUGCCAGCAAUCACGCCCUUUCCAGUCUGGUGGAUUCAAUUUCUUUGCCCAGUUCGGCCCCCAACAAAUUGGCAAAGCCGCAUCAUGCUGAGGAAGACGGCAAAAAGACUCAGGAUCCUUUUGGCGACCUGCUGACUAUGGCCAAGCCAGCUACGCCCCAAAAAAAGAAGGUGGAAGACCUUCGGAGGAGGUGGGAAACAUUUGACUAAAUCCUGUGAAUAUGCACUGAGUUGCCCCUCUCUGUAACUACUCGAACUUCUCUCAUUACUGGACUGGGACCUUCUGUUGAACUUAGCGGUGCGUUAGCUCUAAUGAGCACUGGCUCAGUAUAAGAAGAAUAACUUAAACUGAGAUUAAAGAUGCUAUGCUGCCUUCAAAUACUACUUGAGAGUUCUGUUAGAUUCUUCCUAUCCAAUAUUCCAACAUUAAGAAUUAUUUAACAUUUCAAAACCGUGCUGAAGAAUGAAAAAAAGAGUAGUGGACAACAUCUGGGGGCCCUGACAAGUUAAGUCCCAGCUUGAAACAAUUGGAAACGUUUGAUUACAAAUUAAGGAGCAGUUCAUACAACAGACUGUACAUACAACAUUUACAGGCAUUGUUACACAGCUAGCUAGUUAAAAUGUGUUAGGAAACAUUAGCUCAUUAGGCUUACAUUACUUCCUUUCAUAGUAAACUUAAGUUGCUUUCUUUCACUGGAAACAAUGAAGGUGGCAACAGCAACUUUAGAACACCGAAUCCCUUAAACACCCAAUAUUACAGUUAUAAUCCUUAAGAUUUUCAUAUCUUAACCAAUAUUUAUUCUGUUGUUUUUAACUAGUCAUUUCAUGUAUAUGGAUUCUACAAUAACCUCUCUACAAAGUAUCCUUCAUUGUCAUAACGCUUUUACCAAUAUGUACCGAUGCACACAGGAUUCAUAGUAAACUGUACAUUGGACGUGAUGCAGAAGGCAGUGUUGGAUCAUGAGCUCAGUUUAACGUCAUCUUUAGUCUUCUUUAUGAAAAUAACAGUGACAUAUAGAAUCCUCUCAGUCCACAGUGUAUUUGGCUACAGUGUAAACAGAUACACCAGUUCUUGUUUUUGUGUAUUUGCUGCCCCCAGUAGUCAAUGCACCUCAGUAACUACAGGUGUCACCAAAACAACCAGGACUGAAAUCAUAAAGAUCAUAACUUCCUAUAAUACACUUUGUAAGUGAUGUAUUUAUAUAUGAUGAAAACAUUUUUACUGUGAUUUAUUACUUUGGUUACAGACUCAUAUGAUUUUGUGCAUAUGGAGAACAGCUGUGCAAAUACAUUAGUAGUGAUGCAUUAUUAACUCCGACAGAAGGUCCUGAUCCAUUUGGUGGGAAUGCUGGGAAAUAUGGUGAAACCUCCCCCUCCCUCCACAGACACACAUGCACUCACCACCCCUCCCCCCAGCUACCCUCAGCUCUGCUGCUGACCAGUGACAAACAGGAGUGUGGACUGCCUCAUCAGCACACAACACUUGAACUCACCUGUUACCUGUCUAAGGAUUUGUCUUUGCAUAUUUAUGUGUUGUUUCAUUCCCCCCACCCCCCGCCCCCACGUUACACACAAUGCCGGCCUUGCUUCAAGAUGUUCAGAUGCCAACUGUUCUCAACCCGCCGCCACUCGCCACUUGCUACUCGCUAACCGCUAAUACAGUUAAUUGCACAACACCCUCCUCAUGUCAUCUGCCUUCAAAGCCACCACAUUAGCGUAGUGCUCAGUAUAGAUCCGUAUAGAUUUGUGACUUUUAAAAAACAGCACGCAGUAUUUCCUGAAAGAGGAUAGAUGACACAUUCACAACAGCCUAUGUCUUAAUGAUGUCAACUUGUACGAUUAGCUUGUAUUAUUACUAGUAGCUAGUCUGCUAUAGUUGAUUAACAUGCUAAUGGCAUUAUGGUACUGUAGCUACAAAGUGUGGUGCAUCUCAAUCACGCAGUUAGUUCACCUAUUGAUGUUUUUAUAGUAGCUUCAUGCACAGUGCUGUUGUUUAGUUUUCGGGUUUUUCAGGUUUAUUUUGGCCUUCAUGAUAAAACCCAUCUUUCUCUAGCUCAUCUCACUGGCCUGUGAAAAUGUGUUGCCUCCUACUGUUUUCUAAAAAACCUCCAAGCCUACAAUAGACAUUGUAUUAUCCCUAAAAAUGAUUUUAAGCAUUUCUGUCUAAUUAAAUAUGUUGGGACACUUCAUUAUAUAUUCUGUUGUUUUAAAGAGUCCUUUUGCCAAUUCUGCUGCUGAUACAUAUAUGCACUCAAAUGAUUUCCUUCUAUUUUUGUUGUUUUUCUGUUGUUGUUUUUUUCUUGUUUUUGCCUUUAGUGAAGUAUUAUUUUUGUGUUUGAUGACAGUGAUUGGCUAAUGAAUUUCAGGUUGCUUACACUUGAUUUCAAUUGUGCAUAAAGAGCAAAAAUCAUUGUUCUCACAGUUUUCGCCACCAGCGUCUAUUUCAGGGGGGCAGGAGGGGUGUCCAUGUUGAAUGCCAAAAAAAAUCCUAAUCACUUCAAAGUGCUGUCAGGUCUGGUUGCUGCUGUGUGUGUGUGUGUGUGUGUGUGUGUGUAUGUGUGUGUACAGAUGACACUAUAUUUGUUGUAUGACUAAUAAAGCAGUGGUGGCUAGUAUCCUGCUGCACUGCACUGUUUGAAAUACACAUACUUUAUCCUAACAUGUCAGAGUAACUUGGUUAUAAUUCCACAUGCAGGACAUUUUCAUGAAUUGGUCUUUUUUUUCCAAAGAUGACUGUGUACAUCCAUCUAUUGAUCCAUAGGAGGAAGUCAGCAACUUUAUAUUUUCAGGACAUUUGACAUUGAUAUUUGUGUUCCCCAUAUGAUGAACUGAUUAUUGAAAUUGGAUACUCACAUUUCCACUUGCUGUCCACUUUGGACUCUAUAAUAUCAACAACGGUCUCUUCUAGACACUAACUUUCUUACCUUUACUUUAACACCAC